GCCCUCCCCGGAGGCGGCCACCGCUGCUGCUGCUGCUCCUCCUCCCCGCCGGCGUCCCGAGGCUCGCAGUCCGACUCCGGCCGUCUCCACCGCGGGCGAGAUGCGGGCGCAGCUGCUGCCGCUGUUCCUGCUUGCGGUUUUCUCCGCGCUCGGCUCCUGCUUGCUCAGCCACCGGGAAGGUACGGCGGAGCGCGACCGGGGGUGGGGGGCACGAGAGAGGGAGCCAGGACGCCUCCCUCGAGAGGAGGAGGAGGGGGAGGAGGAGCCGGUGACGAUUUGUGGGGGGCUCCGAAGGGGGCGGCUGGCGCAAGAAGCGCACCUCUAUGUGGGGGAGGGAGAGAAAGAAAAGCGGGGGCGUAGGAGCCUCCGCGCCUGGCCCCGUUUCUCCCCACGCCACAUUCCCUUUCGCUUUCGCUACUUCGCCCUCGGAGGGUUUGGCCAGGAGCGCGCGUGUCCUCAGGCGCCCGCAGAAAAAUGGAGGCGGCUAGGGGGAGAGCAGUCAAAGUGCGCCUGCCUCCCCCCCACGCAGAGUUUUGUGUUUUUAUCUUGUAUUUUAUUCUGUGAACCGUCCUGAAAUCUCCGGAUGAAGGACGGUAUACAAAUUUAAUAAAUAAGGGAUUAUUCGUUGUUAUACUAUUAUCUCACUGGCUGGGAUGGCAGGAACUUGGGUGGGUGAUCACCAUCGUCCUGGGCGAGGGGUGUGCGGAGGCGCAGCUUGCUUCUGUGCAUAAUGUGCGGUGUAGUGGUUAGAGUGUCGGACUAGGGACCUGUGUGAGCAGGGUUCAAAUCCCCACACAGCCAUGAAGCUCACUAGGUGACCUUGGGCCUGACCGACCUCAUAGGGUUGUUGUGAGGAUAAAGUAGUUAUGCCUGCUAUCUUGAGUUCCUUGCAGGAGAGGCAGGAUAUACAGGGUGAGUCUUUUAAAAGAGGCCCCGUGGAACAUGUGUACGGUACAGUGGUACCUCUGGUUAAGAACUUAAUUCAUUCUGGAGGUCCGUUCUUAACCUGAAACUGUUCGUAAUCUUCAGGUUACAGACUCCGCUAACCCAGAAAUAGUGCUUCAGGUUAAGAACUUUGCUUCAGGAUGAGAACAGAAAUCGUGCUCUGGCGGUGCGGCAGCAGCAGGAGGCCCCAUUACCUAAAGUAGUGCAUUAGCUAAAGUGGUGCUCAGGUUAAGGACGGACCUCUGGAACGAAUUAAGUUCUUAACCCGAGGUACCACUGUAGCUCUGUGAAGGGGAAACUACCAUUCCCAGGAUUCUUUGGGAGACAUUAGGUGGCUUAAUGGGGAGUUGGAUGUGAAUUAAAUGUAUUGGGCGGAUCUGCCCUUUCUUUUUUAAACGUCUUUCGUUUUGUCUUUUUCUUCUUCCCUCAACAGAGGAAUUUCUCUUCAAGACAUGGAUGUCUCAGGUAAGGCCCUCCUGCCCAUGCAUAAGCCGCCACUCCCCCAAAGUUAGGUAUAACCCUCUAUGCUCAAGGCCUGCUUCACUUUCCCUUGGCCUGGUUCCACUGGAAGGGACUUUCCUGCUGGACUUUACUCCCUCCCUCCUUUCCUCCCUCCCUCCCUCCUUUUUCCUUCUGUGUUGUCCUGGCUAUUCUCUAGUGUGACCCUGCAGGGGGUUUUUUUAGGUCUUUCUCAAGAAGUGCUGGAUUCGGAGAGUCACUUUGAAUUAAAUUGGAACUAAUGGGAAAUAUCUCCACAAGAGUCAGCAUUUUGCAUAACUGUCUUCCAGACAGCCACCUCCUUUUGUCACCUUUCAGCAAACAGUAAAAGGCAGCUCAUUUCCUUCCCUCCAGGAAGUACCUCACCCUUCCUAUUCUAUCCCCCAGGGAGGGUGGCCUGAGCUGUGUGUGUUUUUUUCCACACAGGUGCCUGCCUGCCUGCCUGUCUGGAAACAAAGGUGCAAAGCCGUGCAGCCCCAGUGAGCCAGUUGCUAGGUCUGAAAUGAUGACAAACUGGUUUCUGAGCAUCUCUCUUUAACAACUACUACUACUACUACUACUACUUAGGAUACACUGUUGUUCAUAAAAAAUAUAUCUAGAGUCAUAUAUAUAGCCAUGCAAUAAAAACUGAAAUUUUAGAUUUUUUGAGCAUGUGGCCAAGAGGACCCCAUGCCAAAGAAUUGUUCGUUACAGGACCAGCUCAGGCAAUCAGUGACCUUUUAAACUGGGUUGGGGCGGGGUUAUUAGUUUUGUUUGUUAUUUUGUGUUGUUGUUGUUGUUUAGUCAUUUAGUCGUGUCCGACUCUUCGUGACCCCAUGGACCAGAGCACGCCAGGCACCCCUGUCUUCCACUGCCUCCCGCAGCUUGGUAUUUUUCUUUACAUCAUUGGACUUUCCUUUCACUUCCAGGCAUAUCCGCAACUGAGCGUCCUUUCGGCUUUGGCUCAGCCGCUUCAUCAGCUCUGAAUCUACUUGUACUUGUCCUCCGCUCUUCCCCAGUAGCAUGCUGGACGCCUUCUGACCUGAGGGGCUCAUCUUCCAGCGUCAUAACUUUUAUAUGCCUGUUGCCUUUGUCCAUGGAGUUUUCUUGGCAGGGAUACUGGAGUGGCUUGCCAGGUGGCUCCAGGUGGAUCACGUUUGGUCAAAACUCUCCACUAUGACCUGUCCAUCUUGGGUGGCCCUGCACGGCAUAGCUCAUAGCUUCUCUGAGUUAUUCAAGCCCCUUCGCCACGGCAAGGCAGUGAUCCAUGAAGGGGUUGUUUGUUAUUAUGGUUUUUAUAUUGCAAUCUGCCCUGUGAUCUUUGGAUGAAGGACAGUAUAGAAAUUUAAUAAUAGUAGUAGUAGUGGUUGUUGUUGUUUAGUCGUGUCCGACCCUUUGUGACCCCAUGGACCAGAGUACGCCAGGCACUCCUAUCUUCCCUCCCACAGCUCGGUCAAACUCAUGCUGGUAGCUUCGAGAACACUGUCCAUCCAUCUCGUCCUCUGUCCCUUCUCCUUGUGCCCUCCAUCUUUCCCAACAUCAGGGUCUUUUCCAGGGAUUCUUCUCUUCUCAUGAGGUGGCCAAAGUAUUGGAGCCUCAGUUCAGGAUCUGUCCUUCCAGUGAGCACUCAGGGCUGAUUUCCUUAAGAAUGGAGAGGUUUGAUCUUCUUGCAGUCCAUGGGACUCUCAAGAGUCUCCUCCAGCACCAUAACUCAAAAGCAUAAUUCUUCAGCGAUCAGCCUUUUUUAUGGUCCAGCUCUCACUUCCAUACAUAGUAGUAGUGGUAAGGUUUACCUUACCACUACUACUAUGUAAAGGGACCCCUGACCGUUAAGUCUAGUCGUGGCCACCUCUGGGGUUGCGGUGCUCAUCCCGCUUUAUUGGCCGAGGGAGCCGGCAUUCAGCUUCUGGGUCAUGUGACCAGCAUGGCUAAGCCGCUUCUGGUGAACCAAAGCAGCGCACGGAAACGCCAUUUACCUUCCCGCCGGAGCGGUACCUAUUUAUCUACUUGCACUUUGACGUGCUUUUGAACUGCUAGGUCGGCAGGAGCUGGGACUGAGCAACAAGAGCUCACCCCGUCCCGGGGAUUUGAACCACCGACCUUCUGACAGCAAGUCCUAGGCACUGUAGUUUAACCCACAGCGCCACCCGCGUCAGUAGUAGUGGUACUAAAUGGAAUAAAUGAUGCCUGAAGAGCCACAGGUUCACCACCUGCAUCACAGUAGGCAGCUUAUGCCUUGGUCUCUUACCACCCACCAGUUCCCAUGUCUCAGUUCCAUGACUGAAAUGGAUACUUCAGAUUGAAGUGGGGUGGGGGACUUCCAAAGAAGGUGCGGUUUGUGAGCAAGGGAGGGGGAGGCACUUCUCUGUUCUAAAUCUGCCCAGGGUUGCACUUUCACUUCUGUGUCCUGCAGCUGCUGUGUCCUUCCUGUCUCCCACAGAACAACAAGCAGUACCGCCUGGAGGAGUAUCAGCGGCGCUUUCAGAUCUUCCUUAGUAACAAGCAGAAGAUUGAGAAGCACAAUGCUGGGAAUCAUACCUUCCAAAGUACGGACCCUGCUCUUGAGAUACCUUUUAAAAGAGGGCAAGGUUGACUGCAGAUCUGGCUUCACAACUCCCUCUUCUCUCUCUCCUUCUUUCCUCAGUGGGUCUGAACCAGUUUGCCGACAUGACAUUUGCUGAAUUCAGGAAAAAGUAUCUCUGGCGUGAACCCCAGGUAAAGGCUUGUGCCUUCCUGCCAUUUCCCUCCCCACCCCACCACCCCCAUCAUACAAGGAACCUUUGGGGGCUCACCAUGCAACCCUGGGCUUGCGUCCUUGCCAUGUUCUCUAUUGCACAUGUCUUUCGGAAGUCACAGAUGAGCAUCCUUCACACAUAACCCUUAAGCAUGCUUGUGCAAGAGAGGAAUCCUUACAUGGGUUACCCUGUGUGCUUUGGCCCCAGAGAAUGCAUCUAAGAAAGUUCAAAAUCCAGGAAGCCAGACCCACACACAAAGCCUGGGAUUGAAUGCCAGUGCAUCUGUUUAUUGCAGCAGGUGGCGGGAGGGGUGGGGAUUCAGUUUCACAGCAAGCAAUGCACUGCAGCAUACCAACGUAAAUGUUUUGUCGUAGUUAUCAUUAUUAUGUUUGUUUAUUUAUAUCCUGCCUUUGCCCCAGAAUGGGACUCCAGGUGGCAUACCCAAAUUAAAGCAACACAGAUAAAAUACCAAAAGCUAAAAACAUAUAACAGAUAAUGAUUAAAAAGCAAUUCAACUCCAAAAGAAUUAAAAAUAUAUAAAAAAACAAAUAUACAAAAAUGCAAAUAGUAUAAACAGCACAGCAAUACAGUUGUACUUGGAUCCUGAACACCUUGCAAGUUGAACGUUUUGGCUCCCGAAUGCUGCAAACCUGGAAAUGACUGUUCCAGUUUGCGAACUAUUUUUGGAAGCCAAACGUCCGAUGGGGCUUCUGCUGCAGCCAAUCAGAAGCUGUGCUUUGGUUUCCAAACGUUUUGGAAGUCAAAUGGAUUCUGUUCGACUUUCAAGGUACGAGUGUAUUAAAACCCUUUCCUUUUAAAAGCAGUCCUUUACCAAAGCCUGUCAAAAUAAAACAGUCUUCCCCUGCUGGCGUAAUGGCAACAAGGAGGAAGCCAGUCUAAUUUCUCUAAGAAAAAGUCAAAAAUCUGGGAGCAGUCACUGACAGAGUCCUCUCCCAUGUCACCACCAAGCAUGCCUCUGAGGGAGGCAGGACUAAGGGAAAGUCCUCCUCCAAAGAUCUCAGAGCCCAGGCAGGUUCGUAUGGGAGAAGAUGAUCCUUCAGACAGCUUGGGCCCAAGCCAAAUAGGGCUUAAUAGGUCCUAACUUGUGCCUUUUGCACCAGCGUCGAAGCAGUGAUUCUUCAACAUCAACUUCGUUGGACUGGUCAUGUUGUACGGAUGCCUGAUUAUCGUCUUCCAAAGCAACUACUCUAUUCUGAACUUAAAAAUGGAACGCGUAAUGCUGGUGUUCAACAAAAGAGGUUUAAAGACUCUCUCAAGGCAAAUCUUUAAAAAUAUAGUAUAAACACACACCGACAACUGGGAAACGCUGGCCUGCGAGCGCUCCAGUUGGAGAACAGCCUUUACCAAAGGUGUCAUGGGCUUUGAAGAUGCUCAAACUCAGGAUGCAAGGGAGAAACAUGCUAAGAGGAAGGCACGCUUGGCAAAUCCACACUGUGAUCAACUCCCACCCAGAAACCUAUGUCCCUACUGUGGAAGGACGUGUGGAUCCAGAACUGGCCUCCACGGUCACUUAUGGACUCACUGUUAAGACCGUGUUCGUGGAAGACAAUCUUACUUGGCUACAAGUGAUCGCCAAAGAAGAAGACUGUGCUCUUCUACUUUCACAACCGUAUAGAAAGAAUAAAUUCUCAGAAGAGAGGGAGAAACACAUUGUCCUAAAGAAAAAGGAAGGAAGCACAUCAGUUUGGUGCAAAGCUCCGGAAGAUAGAGCAGAGCUUAAAAUUUAUCUGUCACAGCUGGAACAAUAGUGUGUGUGUGCGUGUGUGUGCUGUAUUUAAUUUUUAAUUUCAUAAAAUUCAUAUACAGACAGUUAAAAUGCCUAUUUAAAGCAUUCAGUAAAUUAAAAUUAUCAGUGAUAAGCUAAACACAGCUCAACAUUCAACAUACCUGGAUAGGCUUUCCUAAAUAAAAAAAUUACAGCAAAGGCUCCUCCCUGUCAAUUGGCAGGGAGUUCCAAAGUGUAUGUGCUAAAAGACUUGAGUUUUUACACCUCUCUUUCCAAAGGAUAUACAUUGGACUUAGUAUUUAUAUGGCCCCUUUUCAGGUGGUCAUAGUGAUUCACUUAUACUAUCUCAAGCCUGAAAUUAAAGGUGAUGCUGGAUUAGCAAGGACCCAGCACCCAGGGGGCAUUUCAGGAGGUUCCUUCACCUCCGCAUGCCACAUUCACGUGCCAGGGGAUCCCAUGGACCAGGCAGGUGCUGUAUGGGGAGUGGCUGAGCACCCAGUUUAAAUAUGGAGUACUGCAUUUUAUGAACACAUUAUUACCCAAAUUGAAUUCAGCUUCUGAAAAUAGAGCUCUAACAGUCUAAAAAUAAGACAUCCUGGAAACACACAAAGUCUGGAGGAGGAAGAGAGCGUGUUUUAAAUAGAGGCUUUAAAAAUACUUUCCUGUAAGCAAUAAAAUGCUGGGUUUGUGUUUUGUUUUUUCAAAAAUAGGGACUUGAGCAGUUUUAUUUCAUUGCCUUAUUUUUGCUCUGUAAUGCAUUGAAAGUGAAAAAUAUUUUUGUAAACCCUGGAAUCAGAAAAAAAUAUUUUCUUAAAACAGGCUAGCCAACUUGUGAAUUUUACUCUCAAGUCAUUAUUGCAAUUCCCAGUAGGAUUAUUUUACAUAUAAUUAGUGUAGUCCCUUCUAUGGAAGAUAAUAAAAAGAAUAAUAGGAGAAUACUGUAAUAAAAAUAUAUGGAGAAGGGUUGCCAAGCGUCAUAUGGUGAACUCAUGUUGGUGGUGGUGUCUGAUACUAUUUUGCUCCUGCAGCUGAUGUGAGGCUGCAGGUGGGAGAUGGUGGCUUGCGGAGGUGGCAAUUGUGCCAGAGACUCCACCGGCCUCCAAGCCCCCGUUCUUAUUUGAUGUGCCGCAGCAGAUUGUGGCCAACCAACAUGGCAACGCUCACCACUUGUGGCUCAGGGGCUUCUGUGUCUGGGGAACAUCAGCUGCCAGCUGAGUGAGGGGCUCUCUUGUUGUUUCCAGAACUGCUCAGCCACCAUUGGCAACUUCAUCAGCCGUGGUGGGGCCUGUCCAAAAACCAUAGACUGGAGGAAGAAAGGAAAUUUUGUGACACCUGUGAAAAAUCAGGUAAGGAACUGAUCCUGAAGGCCACUCUCCCACCCUCAACUGUUGGUCCCACAGAGCAAUUGAAAAUAUGUUUCCGCUGGAGGCUCAAAAGGGUUUUAAAUGUAAUUCCGGUUGUGGGCUUAUGUUUUCCUAAGGAUUUUGCUGAUAGGGAUAGUGCUACAGAUAUAAACUUGGUUUGCACAUAACAUUAAAACACAGUUUAUUAACCCACGGCUCAGUGUUAUUCGUGAACUAUAGUUUCUCUACUGCCAACAAACCACGACCUGAAGCCAUGGUUUGAUGUCAACUUAAGCCUUUGGGCUUAACCUUGGGCUUGGUGUUACAUGCGAACCUAGCCCCUUAACUAUGGUUUGUUUGGCUCCCCCACCCCAGAUGCUCACCAAACUACAAAGGCAUAAGUUGCUGGAAAACAAGCUGUGAGGAACAAACUGUGGUUUGACUGUCUGUGGCACAGCUUUUGGUUUGUUGAACAAACCAUGGUUUAGAAUUAGGUGUGAACCAGGCCACUGUGCCUUCCUUUACCUGUGGGAAGAGAGUUGUUGCUUUUUCUCAUGCCUUCCCCUUCCUUCUUGUCAUUUUUGAAUUUACUGACAUGCUCUGUAUGUUGUAUAUUUAUAUGUCCAAUGAGCUGUAUUUUGAUGUUCUGAAUGUUUGCUGUAAGCUGCUUUGGGUGCAACUUAUUGUGGAAAAGCGCCAUAUAAGUAAACUCAGUCAACCAGUCUUCUUCCUUCCUUCCAUCUGACUUCUCCCUCCUCUUCAAGGGUCCCUGUGGCAGUUGCUGGACUUUCUCAACCACUGGGUGCUUGGAGUCUGCUAUUGCCAUCGCAACAGGAAAGCUACUGGACCUGGUAAGGCUCCCCUGUUGAACUCUGGCCUUGUUGAACUCUGGCCUAUCUGGUUACCUCUGUUCCAUGUCUGUGUGGCCUGUGUUAACCUCAUGAAAGUCUAGGCCACAUCUGGGUUAAGAAAAAGUGGCUUGCCUCUUCAGAACCAAGUGGAGACAAAAGGACUGGGGGCAUUCAUGGCAGCAAAAAGGGAAUGUCAGAAGCUCAACAUGCAUUUAAAGUAGCUGAAAGCAGCAAAGCUCAUGUACGUGCAGGAACACACAGCCAAAAAGCUGAAGGUCUUGCUCAAGGAGAUUUGUCCACAGCCAGAGGCAGGCGUUACAAGUUAAUUAACAGUUAAUCCUCUAAUUUGUAAUGCCUGUUCCCUUUCAGGAGCCUGCCUCUGGCUGUGGACAAAUCUCCCUGAGCAAAAAAACAUCUGGAGGGCUGAGUUUGCCUAUGCCUGGAUUAAUUGAAUGCAGGUUUUGGAAGGGACAGGCUUCCACUUCCUACUUUUGGUUCAGGCCAAUUUACCUGGAAACCAGGGAUUGAAGAAACCCUUCUCAGGCUGUAGUUAAUGUAAUCUUUCUAUAAGGUGUGACCGGAAAGUUCAGUGAAUGGUCACAGAAAUGGACAGCAAUAAAUAUUCGAACCUACAAUCUUACAGGCCUUCAAAGUAGCCCCCCUCUGAUACAAUGCACCAUUAACAACGUUCAUAGAACUGUUGGAAACUUCUGGAGAAGUCCUCUUUUUGUACUGCUUUCAGUUCCCUCAUCACAGCAGCUUGGACAUGUGAAAUGUUGGGAAAUUUGUGCCCUUUCAGUGCAGAUUUCAGUUUUGGAAAAAGAGAGAAAUCCAGUGGGGCAGACUGGGAGAAUAUGGAGGGUGGGACAACUCAGUAAUGAUUUCAUGCGGAAUAUACCAUCAUUUGGACAGAGAAAUGCCGAUCCCAUAUCAAUAACUCACAAACUCUGUCGUUGCCGCCGUUCUGCUUGUCGACGGUCUGCCAGACUGAGGGUCAUCUUCAAUGGUUUGCCGCCCCUCACAGAAACGCUUAAACCACUCAUACACCGUCUUUCGAGUUACAGCUUCAUCUCCGUACACAAUUGUGAGCAUUUUGUGGGUUUCCAGUGCCAAUUGUAUGUUUGAAUAUUUCUUGCUAUCCGAUUUCUGUGACCAUUCACCAAACUUUCCAGUCACACGUUGUGUAUUUAUAGUACUGAAUUUUUUUUGUAUGUUCUUAUGUUUGCUACUGUACUGUUUCAUUAUGUUACUAUAACAUCGUUUUUGCACUGUUUUGAAAUGCAUUCCUGUUUUCUUUGCUGUAAGCUGUUAUGAGCAUAUUUAUUAUUUUUUGUGUGAAAAGGCAGUACACAAAUAAAAUUAUAAAUGAAUGCAGGAGUGUCUCCCUCCCCCAGGCUGAACAGCAGCUGGUUGACUGUGCUCAGGCCUUCAACAACCAUGGAUGUAGUGGGUAAGUUCAAGGUGUUAUUGUUAGUAUAUAAAGCCCUUAACAAGUUAGUACAAGUUUACAUGCGUUAUCACCUUACCUCAUAUACACCCACUCAACUGCUUUGGUUGGCGGAACUGACACUGGUGCCAAGUAACUUGUUCUGCAUUUGUAAUAUUCAUUCUUUUAGUGUGCCAGCACCUACACUUUGGAACUCCCUGCCUCUUGAUAUCAUUGGACAUUUUUCGGUGCCAGCUGAAAACAUUUUUGUUUAGAUUAGCCUAUUUAGACAUUUAAAACAUUGAUGCAAGUUUUAAUCUGUUUUUUAGUCUCUUUGUAUUUUAACUUCCUGAAAGUGUUAAAUUAUUGUUAAUUUUUCUAAGUGAUAGUCUUGCGGUUUCGUCUUUUCUGUAAACUGCUUUGGGGAUUUUCACAAUCUAGCUGCAUAUAAUUUUUAUGAAAUAGAUACGUAAGUGGCAGCAUCUUCUGAGUAAUCUCAGCCCUUCCUUAUCAUAGUAAUACCUUCAAACUCAGUGUUCCAUCCCCUGCAUCCUCCUUCCCACAACCUUCCUCAACCUCCACAGCAAGAGAAUAACUCAGAAUGAGCAGGCUGAUUUGUGCUGUUGUGUCUCUGCCUCCCCAGAGGACUCCCUAGCCAGGCGUUUGAAUACAUCCUGUACAACAAAGGGCUGAUGGGGGAGGAUGACUACCCAUACACCGCACAGGUAUGUUGCUAGGAUUAGGAUUGCAGAGUAGAAGAGGGCAGGCACUGCCCUCCGCAAUGAGCCAUCUCUAAUGGGCCUCCCUUUUCUCAUGCACAGAACGGGACCUGCAAAUUCCAAGGUCAGAAGGCCAUUGCAUUCGUCAAAAAAGUCGUCAACAUUACGCUGGUGAGUGAUUCCUCCUGCCCUGCAUUUUGCUUUUCCCAAGAGGUGAAAAUAAAAUGUAACUGAACUUCUACUGGAUGUUCGAACUUGUCCGGCCCCUUCUUAGAAAGAGGGGUAACAGUAAACAGAAAACACCUGGCUGUGGGUGGCGGAUAGCUACUACUUUCCCACUUUGCACAUCUUCUCUGGCCCUUAAGAAAUGGGUCCUGAGUCUCGCCAUUGUUUGCUUUGUGUCCUGGGGAGUCCGUCCUCAGCCUUUGCUGAGCCAGGGCCAAGCAUUGCGUAUUAAGACAGAGACAGAGAAGAGAAAGGACUUAUUCACGCAGCACAUAGUUAAACUCCGGAACUCUCUGCCACAGGAGGCAGUGAUGCCCACCAACUUGGAUGGCUUUAAAACCGGAUGAGACAAAUUCACAGAGGAGAGGGCUAUCAAUGGCUAUGCUCUGCCUCCACUGUUGGGGGCAUCAUUGCUUCUGAUAACUAGUUGCUGGAAGCCGCUAGAGCAGCCUUUCUCAACCUGUGGGUCCGCAGAUGUUGUUGGACUACAACUCCCAUCACCCCUAGCUAGCUAGGCCAGAGCUCAGGGAUGAUGGGAGUUGUAGUCCAACAACAUCUGCGGACCCACAGGUUGAGAACCGCUGCGCUAGAGGGAAGGGUGCUCUUGUUCUCAAAUCCUGCUUGUGGGUUUCCCACAGGAGUCUGGUUGGCUUAUGUGAUAACACGAUGUUGGACUAGAUGUGCCCCUGGCCUGAUCCAGCAGGCUCUUCUUAUGCUCCUUUGACUUUCUCCUUCCAGAAUGAUGAGCAAGGCAUGGUGGAAGCUGUGGGGAGGUACAAUCCAUUGAGCUUUGCCUUUGAAGUGACAGACGACUUUAUGUUAUACACGAAAGGUGUUUACUCCAGGUGAAUAUAUUGAGCCGUGAACAAGGCAGUGUGUGUGUGUGUGUGUGUGUGUGUGUGUGUGUGUGUGUGUGUGUGUGUGUGUGUUUGUAAAAUGGGACUGGUUUAUGGAUAAUGCCAAGGGUCAUUGCCUUGGCCCUGUUGCUCAUCUUGCAUCUUUCAGGGCAUGUUAGCAUUUGUGUGGUUGCACCAGUAGGACUCAAUGUUUGUCGAGCAAAGAAGGGAGAGCAGGAAAAGAUGCUUGACUUUUCAUCUGCUCUCUUACCUGGGUUACUUCAGUCUGUUCUGGUUUGGUCAGAUGACCUCACCUGGAGACUGCUGAAGCCAUCAGGGUCAAGCGUCCACCUGCCUUUCCUGGGUCAAAUUGCAAGAACAAGUACUGAGAUCGAACACUAGGAAGCCUCAGUCUUGAUGGUCUGAGCUGCUGGACAGCGCAAGGGGCUGUCUUCGAAGGUGGUGGGCUCUCUUUCAUGGGAGGGCUUUAAGCAGAAACUGCAUGGCCCCCUCCUCUCAUGGAUUCUGCAAGAGUAGGUUUCCUGGACAGUAGGUUCCAUAUUCAACACACAGUAAAUGUUUUUUUAAAAAUCAUUUUCUUUCUACAGCAAACACUGUGAGAAAACUCCAGACAAAGUCAAUCAUGCUGUCCUGGCUGUAGGCUAUGGAGAGGAGAACGGCCUUCUGUACUGGAUUGUCAAAAAUUCCUGGGGGCCCUCGUGGGGCAUGGAUGGGUAAAGUAUUCCUUUUUAGUCUCUGAAACCACCUCCUUUGCUACAGCCUCUCUCAGAUGCUAAGAUCUGCAGAAGAUGCCCUUUUGGUAACUCCUCUGCCUUCAGAGGCAUAGGGUGGUGGUGGCGGCGGCCCAAGAGAUUGCCUUCUCUGUGGUGGCCCCUAAGCUGUGGAAUGCCCUCCUCACAGUGGUUUGUCUGGCACCUUCAUUAUACAGCUUCCGGAGAAUGCCAAAGACACACCUCUUUCCUGUGGCUUUUGGUACCUGUGCUGUAUGUUUUUAGGGCUCACCUAAUUUUACGCUUCUGGGUUGUUUUAAAUGGUUUUUAAGGCUUUAACCCACCUUGGUACCUUAGGGUGAAGGACAGAUAAUAAAAUUAUUAUUAUUAAUAAACCAACCUUUGCCGACCUGGUGCUGUCCAGAUGUUUUGGGUUACAAUUCCCAUCAGCCCCAGCUGGCUGGUGGGAGUUGUAGUCAGAAAUAUAUAGCUAGGCUCAAUGGCUGUUUCGGGAUUCUUAGCUGAUUCUCUGGCACCAUCUAGCGGCUUGUUCAGGGCUGAGGAUAAUAAUAUAAAGAAUUAGGUCGCCAAUUCCGUCCAUAGAAAGCCCACAAAGGAUCCUCCCUGCCACUCUCAUUAGACUCAAUCAGGCCAUAAAUAUUCAAGAUUUACUUGGGCAUCAUGAAAACCCUGCCCUUUCUCCAAAAUCUGAUUUAUAAUGCAAAAGAUUCUUUGGAGUUUGUUGUAACAUCUUCAUCCUGCCUAUGCACAUGUGUCUAUGUCGGCCUGGAGCAUUAUUAUUAUUAUUAUUAUUAUUAUUAUUAUUAUUAUUAUUAAAAUUUCAUUCUCAUUAGACAGCUAGGAAAUGGGGCAAGAGAGGGUUUCGGGCUGGCAGCAUCAGCUCCCGUAACUUCUAGGCUAGAUUACUGCAAUGUGUUAUAUGUUGGGCUGCCUUUGAAGACUGUUUGAUGCUAGUACAGAAUGCAGUGGCCAGACUACCAAUUGGGACUAGGCUGGUUUGAACAUAGAGCAAUUCUGGCCUGGGAUCACUGACUGAUUUGUUUCUGAGCCCAAUUCCAAGUGCUGGUUUUGAACCACAAAGCAUUGCAGGGCUUGUGGUCCCAGUACCUUAAGGACCCUAUUUCCCUAUACGAACCUAUCCAGCCAGACCCUCAGAUUAACAUCAGAGGCCUUUCUCUGUGUGUAGUGGCCCAUCAAUUGCAGAAUACCUCCCCAUGAGGCCCCUCUGGCACCAAUUUUGUUAUCCUUCCAGCACCAGGCAAAGAUGGGUUUAUUUUCUCAGGUAUUUGGACAGCGCUAAUGGUCUGGCUUUUGGACAUCUAUUUUUGGUACUCAGCCUUGUGGUAAUGGGGUGGUUAUUUUGCUGACUGCUUUUUGUGGAAGAACACUGUUGUAUAUUUGUUUCAUUUUAAUGGAUUUUUAAUGCAUAGUGUUCUGAUGUUAUGUCUGUAAAUUGCCCUGAGACUCCUUUGUGUGAAGUGAGACACUUAAUAAAUUGAACUAAUCUAAUCAAGAGAAGCACCAUCCUUCAAACUGCUUCUCAUGGUCUGGGUGCAGCAGGACAAUUUUCUAGGAAAGCCUCAAGCAUUCCAAGACACACCUUGUUGAAUAGUGUCUUAGGAACAUAGGGAGCUGCCUUAGACCAAGUGCUUGGCCACACUUCCACUUGUCCUGUGCCUAGAAAGUACAGGUCUGAACAGUUUUGCUUUUGCUUCGCUGCUUCCCCCUGGAAAACCAGCUCUCCAGCUCUAAAUCGGAGCAAACAUUAAUUCGUAGAAAACCCGGUUGAUGUUUGCUCCGAUUCAGAGGUAAAGAUUGUGUUUUCUCAGGGGAAAGCUGCAGGACAAGCAGAAGUCUGGAUGAGCCCCAAGUCAGAACACUGAUCCAUCUAGCCCAGUGUUGUCUGCACUGAUUGGCAGUGCCUCUUCAGGGUUUUAGACAGGGAGCCUUACCUAGCCCUACCUGAAGAUGCAAUUGGGGAUUGAACCUGAGACCUUAUGCAAGCAGAAGCUCUACCUCUGAGCCACAGCCCUACCUGCCCUUAAGGGUUUUGUGUACUUUCCUCUCUGAUAAGGCAACGCCUAUGAAUGAAAACCUGUUUUCUCUUUUAGAUACUUCUAUAUUGAACGUGGAAAGAACAUGUGUGGCCUUGCUGACUGUGCAUCCUUCCCAGUCCCUCUUGUCUAAAGCUGGCCUGGAUUUGGGCGCCAGAGAGCUGGUAGUGAUGGGUCACUAUGCUGAAAAUUGAAGCUGGAAUGAAGUUCAUCGGAGCCAAGAAGCGGGGCAAUUUAUCUUGUAAUGGAUUUUCAAGCACACACCUCCUCUACAUGUGUGUCUGAUACUGUGAAAAAGUUUUUGACCCAAGUUGCUGCACUUUCCUAGAUCCCUGUGUAUCUUGUUUUUCUAGCACAGUUGCUCACCUUAUCCAAAAUCAUGCUCCUUUUCUUAAGAUUUUCUUUAUUCCCUACCAUUCCCCUUGCACGAGCUCAGGGCAGCUCACACAAUCAUAAAAAUCCAGCACUAAAACCAAGAGUAAAAUCACAGUUUGCAACAAAAUCCAGUAAAAAUUAAUGUAUCACAGCCAGCAAUAAGUUAGGUAGGCCAAUUGCACUUAUGUUCUGAAGGCAAUCGGACAAAUUUUUAACUACUGUCUGAACACAGACCAACUGAAAGAAGGUGGGGAAAACAAGUUUCAUAACUGGGGGCCAUGUGUACCUUUUACACUCUUAGAUAACUUGUUGUUGGGCUCAUUGCUUUGUCUUUCUGUGUCCCAACGCCACUUCUUCUGCUUUCCAGAAACACCUCUUAGUGACUGACUUGAAAUCUGUUCUCUCCCUUUCAGCAACUUCAGUGAGGGCUCAACCCAUAUGCCAAGAAAUGCUGAGUUCUGACCAAUUACUUUACACUAUUGUUGGUUAUCAGCUGCUUUCCCCCACUGCUCCCCCCCUCCCCGCCACAAGGGUUGAGUGUCUUUCUAGUGCCUUUCUAGUGAAUUUAGCUGGCAUGUGGUAUAAUGCUCUGGAAGCCUUAGAGCAGGGGUCAGCAAACUUUCUCAGCAGGGGGCCGGUCCACUGUCCCUCAGACCUUGGUGGGGGGGCCGGACUAUAUUGGGGGGGGGGGAGAAUGAACGAAUUCCUAUGCCCCACAAAUAACCCAGAGAUGCAUUUUUUUAAAAAACACCAGGCAGGCCCCACAAAUAAGCCAGAGAUGCAUUGUAAAUAAAAGGACACAUUCUACUCAUGUAAAAACACGCUGAUUCCCAGACUAUCCAUGGGCCGGAUUUAGAAGGCGGUUGGGCCGGAUGCCUACCCAUGCCUUAGAGCAGGCAUGGCCAAACUUGGCCCUCCAGAUGUUUUGGGACUACAACUCCCAUCAUCCCUAGCUAACUGGACCAGUGGUAAGGGAUGGUGGGAUUCAAAAAGCUUGGCUUUCUCAUUCAGCUCAAGCUGCUUCAUAUCUCCCAAUUCCCAACAUUUUCACAGCUUUUGUUAUAAGAAUCCUACAAUAAGAAGCCUUUGUGGAAGAGCUGGCAUGCUUUUAAACCAAUCCGUUUGUUAUACAGAUUAGCAAGGGCAGCACUUUUACAGCAAGGGAUCGCCUUGUUGAUCACAGAAAGAACAAAACAGAGACAAGGCUGGAUUUUUCUUUAUUGUUCUGUUUGCAAGUGAGAGUCUCUUCCCACCCUUGCCCCCAAUGCAAAGGAAGUGAGAAUUCUAGAACAAUGAGGAACAACUUUACAAUACUUCAGAAAUAGUCCAGCCCCUUAGCCAAGACCACUCAAAACCAUAAUUCAAACAUCACUGAAAUGGGUUGUACAUGCAAAUCGGAUCAUGCUCAGGGUUUUGUGUUUAUUCAACAUUUUUACAAGUCUAUCACUCAGAGAUUUGAACAAUACCUGCUAAUCGCUUUUCCAGGCCAAGCAUCUUAUUGAAAAGGUGAAAACCUUGAUGUCGUAGAUUAUUGACACAUACUGGCCCCAUUCAAGUACAGUAUUUUCUUUUGACAUAUUUAAUUGAGUGCUUGAAAGUGUAAAGAUUUGUGGGCUGUGAAGGAGUAAUUUUAUCUAGAACUUCCUGCAACCUGUUUGGAGGGGUCUCACAGUUCAACCUGAGGCUGAAGAGCGCCUUGCUCUUGCUCUGAUGAUUUGCCUGGUUCAUGUUUUAUCUGUACACCUAUUCCUGAGCACAUUUAUGUACAUAUAACCCAAUUUUGUAAAACAAGUGGUAAUGUCUUUGCUCAGAUUGUUUUUAAAAUUAUUUGAACUGUUUUGCUUGAAUUGGGAAACUCCUGUAUGGUGUUAAUAUUGUAAUGCUGAAUAAAUCUUUAAGAUGUUGGCUUAUCUGAAAUAAUCAGUUGCCUUUUACACAAUUUAUUUACAUUAAGCCUGUGUUUAAGCCCAUAGCAAUAAAACCAUGGGCUCCUGUAGGUGAUGAUGAUGAAGAUCAUGGGCUUAGCCAAGUAAAACAAUAGAAAUACUUAACUAAUUUACCAAUCGCAUCCAUUCUCCCCCCCCCCCAACAAAGUCUUGCCUCCCCCAACAAAAAUCUUGGCUACACCCAUGAAGAUGGCAGAGCCCCCUUGUUCCUUUAACAGUCCUAAUGAAGUGCAAAUUCCCGGAAGCUUUUCUGUCCUCUUUGCUAAAACUCUGCAUCAGGGAUCUUGUAAUCUGCAUUUUGUAAUCUGCCCUUGGUUUGCGGGGGGAGGGGCGGGAUGUUAAUAGUUUCUUUGCAUUUAAAAGCCUGAUUAUUUUUGUAAGGAUGAUAUUUCUAGUUUUGACAAAUAAAGGCUCAUUGGAUUAAUAAUAAUAAAAAAAGGCUGGUCUUGAAUUUGUUCUGGGGGCGCCGGAUCUGCAUCAGAAUGAAUUAACCGGGGGAUAUGAGGUUGGGGCGGGGAGCUCUUCGGGCGGAGUCUUUCCCCGGCCCGCAAAGGCCUGGAGGUGUCCUUUUCCCACCGGACCUU